AUGUCUUCUGCUACUCUUUCUGACCUCGAGUCUGCUACCAAGGCUUUUGAUACUAUUCUUAAUGACGAUCUCCACGGUGCUUUAACGCAAUUCGAUUCGUCAUCUUCGCCUUUUCAUCUGAUGGGGAAAGGAGUCACAAUUUUUCUCCAGGCGGCGCUAGGGCUUGAAACGAACCUGAUGAGCGCAGCCUCGGAAAGUUUGGAGGCAGCUGAAGCCUGUGCGAGGCAGCAGGGAAAAAUAGCCAAGGCAUCAAGGGCAGGACCAACGGGAACACGCUAUGCAGCAGGUCUCGAAUGGGAUGUGGUUGCAGCAGAUGCAACCCUACUCUUAGGGCUAACAAACGCCUUAUCGGAGUCCUAUAUCGGUUACGCGAAGUGCCUGUAUUCACUUAACAGUGCCCAUUCGCGAUUUACUUCCAUGUAUAAAGUCGUCUUCCCAAACGGAAUUGAUGAUGUUUUCACUCCAACAAUCUCAGAGAAAUCUUCGCAGACGGAUUUGCUGGACGAAGCUACAAAGCAGUUAAGGACCCGAUCGCCGACCCCUCUGUAUUCGCCGAAAUUUACGUCGUCCCAAACCUCAUUAUCACCUCUUUCCGGUAAUCUGUUCAGCCGCUGGAUGGGCGGUUCCAGAUCUAUAACUCCAGUGUCGAGAAGCGACUCGUCUUAUCAGGUCAUCCCUGAGAACCCUGUCGAACAUCUAAUUUAUUCUGGUGUCGCAUUCGGUUAUGGUCUAUUUAAUCUAGUCCUUUCCUUGCUUCCCCCUAGGAUUAGAAACGUCGUCGGCGUCUUUGGAUUUACAUCAGACAGAAAGUUGGGUCUGCGGGCACUGACUGUCGCCACAAGAGGAGAUGACACCCAUUCUCAAUUCGCCGCGGUACGACUGGAAUUCAAGAUUACCCUCAUGACAUAUUACGGCAGUGUCCUGUUGCUUUCAGGAUAUCAAGCAGACGAGCAGCAAAUAAUGAGCCAGUACGAUGCGCUUCUCAAAAAAGUGGAGACGAAAUACCCAGAUGGAUCACUGUGGUUACUAAAUAGACGGUAUACUGGCGACAACGCCGCAGCUAUCGCCACUCUUCAACGUGGAAUCGGUCCAGAGAGAAGGAAUCAUUUCAAACAGGCUGACACUAUACUGGUCUUCGAAUUAGCUUGGAUUUUGUUAGCGGAAAGACGAUAUGAAGAAUCCGCUGAGAUGUUCCUUCGCCUCGUGACACUCAAUAACUGGAGUUACGCCACCUACACCUACUUAGCUGCAGGCUGCUAUCUUAGCUUGAAUACACCCGAAGGGCAUCAGAAGGCCCAGGAGCAGCUCGACAAACUCCCGGGAUUUCUGGUGGGCAAAAAAAUUGGAGGGAAGGACCUUCCUACUGAAGUCUUCAUCCGCAAAAGGAUCGCCUCCUACAAACGAAAACAAGUAUCUCUUGGUGGGGAUGAGGAUGAAUACAUAAAUGUGAUCAAGCUAUCGCCCGCGGAAGAACUUGGCAUCACUUGGAAUACCCAUGGGCGAAUCUCGAAGAAAUUAGCGCAGGAGCAUAUCAUAGAUCUCCUUCAACUCAGCCCCGCUCCCGCUAUAGAGUCACCUUAUUCUACUUCCGUCGACACCCUCCGAGACACGACAAACCCAGACCUCAUUCUUCGGGACGAGCUUGCGGCCCGUUCGCUCCUGCUCGGUAUCCUACACCGAGUCUCUGGUGAUUUUGAUGUAUCCCGCCAAUUCUUAACAGAGGUGUCUGAAACAGGGAAAGAGCUAGAGAUGGCGUGGUUAAGGAACACGACACAUUUUGAAUUGGCGGUUCUGGUAAUGAGAGAGGCGGAAUCGAAAUCUAAAGGAUUAUCUUUGGAAGCUUCGAAGCCGAUUCUCCGCGAUGCAAUUGCAGCCGCGACACAAUCUCUGGAUCUGGCAGCUCGAGGCACAAGCGACGUGGAUCUUGGGUCAAGACUUGAAAGCAGAAUAACGAUGUUGCGCGACGAGCUGGAGCUCAGGCGGAAAGACCUUGCUCUUUGA